GGCGAGCGCAUAUUUGAACGUGGUGCCCCAUGCCGUUCGCGCCGCCGCACUCGACGCUGACCCCACAGGUCAUGGGACUGAUCGAGGUGGUCAUGUCGAACGCCCCUUCAGAGCACCAUGUGCACUACCUCAAUGGGUUGGAGCAAAUACGAGCGUUCAUGCUGCAGACCCAUGGCAACCCGAACGGAACGCCGCUGUCGUUUGAAGACAUGGUCGCUCGGGAUUCGUCGAUCUGGCAAGAACACUUUGAAAAGGCCAAAUCGGCCAAGGACACGAUGGCCAGCGUUCGACCGACGCUCGACUUUCUGCCCAACAUUGCCGGCAUCGACAUCCGCGUGCACUCCCGCGGCCGCCCGGACGACGCCAUCUACAACUCAAGUGAGUACGCGCGGAAGUUCCUCCCUCGAGGGAACUACAUUGCCCAGUGGAAAGUGGCCGACGGCCGCGCGUUGUACUUUCCCAUGAUUCGCGCGUAUCCAAAGUUCACCGGCCACGAAGACGACGGCGAGCUGCUGUCGACCGACAACGACACAACAUCUAUUACGAGCGACGCUCUGUCCAAGUACUUCACCGAGCCAGCGUCCGAAACGCAAUCUGUGAUUACCACCACGAAGGAAAACGGCGAAGCCGCGCAUCUGGCCGUCCUCAAACUCGACAACGGAUCGUACGUAUACCUGGUGGGGUCCAAGAACGUGCACUUGGCGAUUCAGAGCGCCCGCGACAUCGAGCCCGCAUGUCUUGUGGGGGUGACCGCCCCCGGACAGAACCCGUUUGCCGGCGCCAAAGCUGUUGCGUAUGGAUUGAUGCGGAUGCUGGACGCGCUCGAACCUGCCAAGCGAUUCCUCUUUUGCGAAUUCCUCUGGCAGACGCGCCUCACGGCAUCGUUUGAGCUGCUUUGCCCUGACCACCAGCACGUGGAGCUUCUUGACGUUGCACACGAAACGCCCGUUCUGUUUGGGUAUUCGUUCCCGACCAUGCAGACGCUGCCAGGUGCAGAAAUCUGCGUGAAUCCGUUGCUAGGGUUUGCACUGUCGAGAGCGUGCGGCAUCCGCACCGUCGCGUUCGACGUUGUGCCGUACACUGGCCUCGAGUUCAAAAAUGUCCUCACCGCCAUCAAGUCGGGGUACCAAACCGAAGGCAACGUCAACUUGUACGUGAACGGGCGCGGCAACGUCAUCGGGCUGCAAAAGUACAAAACGGCGUGGUAUGUCAGCUUGCGUGCGAUCCGGGAAAAGGCCAAGGCGUUUUUGACAGCCGUGCUCGGAAAGAAGCACGCGCCAAUCGACGAGGCUUUACGCGACUCGCAUCGGAGCAUCGAGAAGCGGUUCAAAGCCAUCCAACGCUUCCUCCAGCUCACGGACGACAGCACGGCCAAGUACUGUGCGCUAGGCGUGGAGUUCGUCACGUACGUUGCAAGGGUGCGGCUAGCGAGCUGUGGAAACAGCGACGACGCCAAGAAAGCAGUCCAGCACGACUGCGUUAACUUGUUUCCAGUCGUGUGGAGGGACUUUCUCGUCGCGACGGGCGCCAACGAUCGCAUUGACUGCAGCGUGUAGAUCUGUCGAGGCGUCAGAAAAUAGAACGAACCAGUGAUCAUGUCUUUGGACGUCG